UUUCUUAACAUCCAUUAUCCAAAAACACGAAAGAAAGAAUCUAGCAAAUUCUUAACAGUCGAUGGAUCAAGAAGGAUCAUCACAAAGCCCUACCGGGCAGGGCCGUUCUCCCUCUGCACCCUCUAAUUCUACCGCACCGGCCCGGUCCCGUUGGUCACCUAAACCGGAGCAAAUCUUGAUACUCGAAUCCAUUUUCAACAGUGGUAUUGUCAACCCACCAAAAGACGAAACAGUCAGGAUAAGAAAAAUGCUUGAGCAAUUUGGUGCAGUGGGUGACACAAACGUCUUCUACUGGUUUCAAAACCGACGUUCAAGAUCUCGCCGGAGACAGCGGCAGCUUCAAGCCGCUACUGCCGCAGCCGUCACUUCCAGAGGAGCUGAAGACCAGCAGCACAUGACGACCAUGAGCAUGCAUCAUCCUUACAGAAACAACGAGAUUAAUUUGGGAUUUGGAAGUUGUAGCAACUCGUCAGCUAAUUACUUCUUUAAUGAUCCUUCAUCUCAAGUAUCUUCCUUUCUUCUCGGUCACUCGUCUUCUUCCUCGAAUGGUGGAUGUGAAAGUAACAAUGGCAUGGAGAAUCUCUUCACAAUGUAUGGCCAUGAAUCUGAUCAUCCCCAUCUUCAUCAGCACAGCUCAAAUGAUGCAACAAUUUCAAACCCAUCUGAUCAAAACUCCAGUUUCCACUAUCAACAAGGGUUAAUGACGGUGUUCAUAAACGGAGUUCCAACGGAAGUAACAGAAGGAGCAAUAGACAUGAAAGCAAUGUUCGGUGAAGACUUGGCGUUAAUGCAUUCCUCUGGUCUUCCUCUUCCCAUUGAUGAGUUUGGUUUCUUGAUGCAUUCUUUACAACAUGGCCAAUCUUAUUUCCUGGUAACUCAGUUUAACUCACUUUUAUCUAUCUAAUUAAUAUAUAGACAUAUAAACAAAAGUACUCAUAAAUAAAUUCAUUAACAAUUUUCAGACCCUUUGGGUCGUCUGUGAAUCCUUUUCUAUAAAUUGCGAGAUAAAUCUGUUUUCCUUUAAAUUACUAAAUCAUGUGUAUAGAAUGUGCUGAAACCUAAUUAUUCUGGUCAAGUCCUUAAUUUCUGCAGAUAAUAAUGUCGAGAACCCAGUUCAGUCUGUAUCUAAGCUAGAUCAUAAAAUAUUCCAGCAUAAAAUAUAGUUAAAUACUUAUAUAUAGAUUUGACGAUUUUCGGUUUUAUGCAAUAAAUGAAUAUCCGUAACUGAAGUUUUGUAAUUUAAGUAAAGCUUUACGGAUCGAUGUCAGCUCUUAUAAACACACGUAUAUAUUUCUAACUGUUGGUUAACAAAAAAAAAUCAAAAACAUGAUAUAUUUCAUUUUUAAUAAAGAAUAUACGAAUAAACACAAGAACCAAUGAAAUCCGUCUUUUUGAGGAUAAGUAUUUAAUUGAGUUCAUUGGCAAAAGAGUUCUUGGGAAAUUAUAUUCUUGGUCAAACAAAUAGACAGCCAUUUGUUAGGGCUUUCCAAUAUGGUCAUCAGUUGAUUAAUUAACACAGUUAUAUUAUUCUUUUUUAAUAAAUUUUAUUUUUCGUUGUUUGAUUUCAUUUUUUCAUCGACAGGUACCGAGACAGACAUGACCUUGUGUUGCAACUUACAACAUAUACGUUCGAUUAUUUUAAUUUUUACUUUUGUUGAUUUUAUGUCAAUCGUGUAUACUUAUAGAUUAAAUAAAUGUUGGAACGUAAGAUAUUUUGUUUUCUUGUCGAUUCUUGCUAGCCUGAACAUAAACCUUAAUCAACAAAACAAGCAAAAUCUUAACAGAGAUCUAGUUUGGGAAUAAAGUGUCGAAGUUUUAAAAUUAAAAGAUUAAUUAAAUCUUGAUUUAUUUAGUGUUAUCCAUAGUAGAUAUAUUAGUAUAUAGUUCAGCACUGGGUGAAAUGUAUUAAUAUUUGAUAUCCUUCUCGAUCGACGAUUAUUUGUUUGUGUAUUAUUCCUUAGGAUUAGGGGGCGACUCGUUUUCCCGCUACCAUCCGCAAACGCAGUUUUUGCGGUUGGUAGCAGUUGUCAUCGGUUUGCAACAAUCGCUCAAAUCGUUCUAAACCGUUUCAAACCGUUCCGAAUCUCAUAAAUUUAAAAGAUAGCUCCAGUUAGCGUUUGCGUGAGGGUAAAUUUUUUUUCUUUUUUUUAAAGCAAUAUAUAUACAAAAGUAAAAAUAUUUAAUAAAAAAUUUAAAAUUGAAAUUAUGAAAAUAUUAAAAUAUAUCUAUUAUAUUUUAAUUAAUAUUAUAAAAUUUUAUAAUAAAA